AAUCUCAAAUGCAGAAAAAACCCCUCAAUUGACUUUGAUUCAUUCUACUCAUCAUCACAACCCAUUUCCACUUUUUUCUUUCCCUUUUCAACAUUCACCAAUUCAUUUCACUUUCACAUAUUCAUUAAGCUUCAAUUGAAGCUUCUUUGUUUGCAAUUAGACAUUCCUCGAUAGAUAUCAUCGAAAGCCAUGGGGAUUUUGCCAUUUGGGUUCGUUUUAUUGGCAAUUUUUGUUACGCUAACAUACGCAGAUGACACCUCUAGGGUUUCUAAGUCUGUUUGUCCUCUUAAAUCGAUCAAAGAUUCAAUCUUUGCUUCUCUGUCUCCGGUUUGUCCUAUGAAUUCGAUUGAUUAUUCUUUCGGUGUUAUUGAGGGAGAUGAGAUGUCGUUGCAAAAGGCGUUAAAUAUGGUUAACGGGAAUGCUGAAAGUUAUGUUGUGUUCCUAUUUUAUGCAUUUCCGGCAACUUCGUUUUUCAGAUCUGAACCAUCUCAUGCUUCGAUUGAACAUAUGGCAGUUAUGAUUAAAGACCUAAUCCUUGCCGGCUUCAUUUUUCAGAUUUGAGCUCGACCCUAUGCCAUGAAUCUGAUGUAACCACCGGACAACAAUGGCUUCCUUUUUUAAGUUAGAUCGACACAAAUGGACCAGAGAGGGAAUGGGGGUGUUUGGUGGUGGUGGGUGUUCGGUGCUCGAGAGGAGACAGUGGUGGUGGGUGUUCAGUGCCGGUGGUUGUUCGGCGGUGAAGGAGGGAUGUUGGUGGUGGGUGUUCAAUGGUGGUGAUGGUGUUGGUCUUGGGUAGAAGAAGAAGAAAGGUGGAGAGAGAAUUAUGAUUUUAAUUGUUGAGGGCAAUUUGGUCAUUUAACAUCAACUUAAAUGAGAAAUUUAACAGAGGUUAGGUCAGGGGACCAACCGAGUUCAUUUUUGACAACU